AUGGAUGAACAAAAAGAUAAAGCGAAAUGUGAACCGGAGAACCUGUCCAAGAAUCAUGCCAUCACCGACACCCUUAAACUAUUUACGGCUCAGAUGGAUGACUGGGCCGAUUGGGCAGUUACCGAGGAGCCAGAGGUGGGGUAACCCUUUUGUAUUGUUAUUUUUUGGAUUUAGAAUGAGCCAAGUGAGAUGGAGAAGCGGUUAAUGAAGGCGGUCGAGAAACGGAAUGCACCAUUCUUAAUAUACGUGUCUGAACUCAGUUAUCAAGUGACUACCGAGGACUUAUUCUUCUUUUUUGGAGGUGAAGAUAAGGUUGUGGAAGUUUACUUCUACAACGAUAACUAUAAGAAUGAUGCACUGAUUGAGCUACGACAGAAGGAGGACUUGAUUAAGGCUUUUCUGCUCAAUGGAUCUGAACUCUACAGGAAGAAGAUCUGUGUGGAAUAUGUAGACCCAGCCAUGUGCAUGUGUUUUGACAUACUGAAUCCUCCAGUGCAACAAUACGAGGAGAGCAACGUCAGGAAUAACUAUCGGCGCGAUAACAAGCCCAAGAACCGUGUUUCGAACGAUGUCAGAUCGUCACAGUCUUCGUUCAGCAGGUAAAGAUAUUUUUAUUGUGAAAUUAGGUAUGAAUUACUGAUAUUGUGACUCAAUAAUGAUUUUUUAAUGAAUUAAAUUUCAAACUAUUUAUUUUGCAGAACCGAAGCUCAGCCACGACGAGACUGGAACAACGUUCCACCUCCUCCAUUGGUCGAACAUCAUCCACCUCCUCCGGCUGUCCCUAAAAGCAAUCCCUUUGGCAAUGCCAAACCUGUGAAUAUUAACUACAAUGACUAUCAACCUAAAACCGAGGCUGCUAACGAAAAUCAGGUAAUACUUAGAAUUAGAAAAAGCCGUUAUUUUUAAAAUUAAUUAAUUGCUUUUAAAAUAUUUUAAACGUGAACUAAUGGUCUAAUUAACGAUAUCCUUUGUCUUUCUUUUAGUCUGACAAUAAAAGAGGUUUUAAUAAUGUCAAGGUAUUGACCUUCCAUUCCUCAACGACUGUCUCCAUGUCUCAAGAUCAAACGGAAGCCAGAAGAGUUGAAGAAGAAGAAUGUGAGGCGAGUUACUACCACCUCAACUGUUCAUUUUUACGUUUUUUGAGUUCUUUCUUUGUCUUUACUAACGAUUAAAAUAUUUUAGUCGUGUAAUAAAAUGUGAAAUUGCAGAAACCUCGAUUAGAGCACAAACAAAGCGUCUCGAGUACAGUAAGCCUACGAGAUGUCGCUGUGCCAAACAAGCCAAGUGAGGUUUUACUAUUAUGUUUUAAUAUCACAUUUAAUAUUUAAAGACUAUUGUUAAUAUAGGUGUAUGAACUGGUGUGUUUGGGUGUUUUAAAACAUUUUUUAGUGUACAUUACCUUUUAAAUUUUAGGUAAUAAUUUUACUUUUUAGAUAAUAAAUAUGACAGUACGUUGGACGAAACAGCGAGCACUACGAGUACGGUAAAGACACGUGAUCGGGAACAUGGCAGGGUAAGAGCAUUUGUACGUGAAUGUUUAUGCUUUUAGAGAAACAAAGGUCGUAUGAACAACAGGAAUCGUAAUGAGAAUAACAGACAUCGUGGAGAACCCAACUUAGUCGAUAAUGGUAUGUUGUUAGUAUUUAAGUUGAACAGUGAUUUAUUAAUAUUUUUGCGUCGGAAAUGUAUUUUUAUUCUCUCUGUCAGUUAAUGAUUUAUAAUUAGGUAACAAAAAAGUAUGUAGCCUAGAUUGAAAAAUCAUAAUGAUAAUAUUCACAAAACAUUUUCAGUUUCUAACAGGAGUAACACUAAGUCGAGUGAAUCUUUGGCUGUACCAGAAAAGCGAAGCCAACAUGACUUUACCAUGAUAAAGAGACAUCUAGAUAAAGGUACAGAUCGUCCCAAAAAGACAGAUCCUCCAAAGCGAGAAGUUACGGAAGAAACGCCGCCGGUAGCUCCUCCAGUGGAAGACAAGAAGCCGGAGCCAGUAGUUGAAGAGAAGCCGGCAAAAGUACCUGUAGAAGAGAAGAAACCACCAGAACGGAACGACUCGACAGAAGAUCAGAGUCCUGCUCCAGCAACGUCGAACUCGAGCAAGAACAGGAAGAAAAAUAAAAAGAAGACUGAUGUAUGUUUGAGUAGCAUAAUAGUCAACACUUUGGCGUGAUUUAAAAAAAACGCAAAGAAUAAAAUUUUGUCAUUAAGUAAUAUUUACUUGACUACAAUAUUUACAACAUCCACUUUCAGAUUGGUGCCAACUUGAAGAGCAAUAAGUUCCACGCCCUAUCCAACGAAAUCUUUUAG